CAUCUAGGUAACCUGGAAUUUGGGUUAGGUGGUUAUCAUUUUUCUAAGAAUCUUUUGGAAGUGUUAACAGUAUUAUUUCGCUCUAUUUACACCAUGCUAUCCACAAGAGCGAAAGGUUGGACCAAUUUCUACUACGCCCAUGGCAAGAUAGACAGUUAUCAUGCUACCAACAAUCCGACUGGGCCUAUACACUUCAUGUUCGCUGAAAACUGGCUCAUGCAUGAUGACUUGACGGAAUUCAUCAAUACUCACAACAAAUUUGACUCGCGGCUGUGUUCGUAUGGCGAAGGAUACACCGGUACGGUUCGGCUACGAACCGCAAUGUCGAAGCACUUGAAUACGCAUUUCAAUCCAGCGCAAAAAGUUAACCCGGAGGAAAUCACUUUCGCGGCGGGAGUCACGGCUCUAAAUGAAGCAUCCGCCUUGAUCACUUGCAACCCGGGCAAUCAGGAGGGUCUCCUACUUGGCAGGCCGGUCUAUGGAGCCUUUUCUCGAGAUCUCACCAUGAGAACUGGCGCAAUCCUUGAGCAUGUAGAUGUGGGAGACACAGAACAAUUCUCUCCUGACUGCGUCGCGGCCUACGAUGCAGGCUUCGAGGCAGCGAAAGCUCGUGGGGUUAAUAUCAGAGCGCUUGUCAUCUGCAAUCCUCAUAACCCAACGGGACGAUGCUAUCCCCGCGAAACGCUUGUUGGUCUGAUGCGCCUAUGCGCGUCGAAAGGAAUUCACCUCAUAAGCGAUGAGAUAUACGCUCUCUCAACCUUUCGUCGAGAAGAUGGCCCAUCCGAGGAAUUCACAUCUGUACUAUCCAUUGAUACUACUGGAAUUAUUGAUCCUGCCCAGGUACAUGUGCUUUAUGGCAUGUCAAAAGACUUCGGUGCAGCUGGAAUGCGACUAGGGUGCCUUAUUUCUCGCAACGCAGAGUUCACUAAAGCAGCUCGCGCCAUAUGUUGUUUCUCUUCGCCCUCCCAGUUUUCGAUGGAUCUAGCAGCCAAGCUCCUCGACGACCAGGAGUAUUUGAAGAAAUUCCUCGAGAAGUCGCGGGGACUAUUGCGUCGGAAUCGCUUGAUAACCGAAGACCUCCUUACCCGGGCGGGUGUCCGUUUCCAUGAAAAGGGGAAUGCCGGUCUUUUCAUGUGGCUCGACUUAGCCCCCUUCUUACCCUUAGCGGAAACCGACGGAGACGGAUGGGAAGCCGAGAAGUUGCUUUCCCAACGUUUCAAGAAGGUAGGUAUUACCAUAACGACAGGAGCUCAGUACUACGCCCCGAAGCCCGGCGGGUUCCGUCUUGUCUAUUCUUACCCGGAAGAUACCCUUCGAGAAGGAAUCAGGAGAAUGCUGCUUGUCUUGAAGCCAUAAUUAAAUUGUUCGCGAUGAUAUCCUUUGUCUUGAAGUUGAUUUUACCAGAGAGAAAAGGAUUUAUGUCACUACUCAAAGAGUUGAAAUAUGAUGUUUGUUCCUACUGUUUAUCGAGACAUGCAUCUACGAGUACGAAUAUAUAAGCCAGUCGGAUCU